ACCAGGAGGAGAAGCGUAUUUACUUCCGGUUCCGGUUGGUUUUCUUGGCGGUUCCCCGUCUCUUCCGAAUCUCCGAUUGUUGUUCUGCCUCUCAAAUGAACCGUGGCCCGUUCAGACCUCAGCGGAGUCCCGGAGCUCCGCGGCCGGCUGGAAGGUUUCCCUCCCCCGGCUCUAGCUGGGGUUUCCCCGGAGCUCGCUCCCCGUAUGGAGGCUCCGGACAUCGAGGAGCUUCACCCCGGGGCUGUGGCGCUUACUCUCCGGGUUCCCCGGUAUAUUCUCCGGGGUCCGGUCGCGGAUACUGGGACGGUUCUCCCGUCGGGUUCGGCAGCGGAUCCCGGUGCUUCCCAGGACAGAUGCGGAGCAGAGGCGACGGUUUCCGGCGGCCUCAGUCCUUCAGUCCCGGUUCAGCGCAGAAGUUCCAGUCUUCAGAUGCGUCAGUGGAAAAAUAUUUCAGUCCAUCGAUGGUUCAAGAUCCAUGGAGACAUCUGCAGCCACUGACAACAACCGAUGCAGCACACAACAGACACACAACAUGACACAAUUAACUUGACAACA